AUGAUUGAAUUAUAUCAACGUGGUUAUGGAAAAGAUGCAGCUGGUAUUGCUGCUGAAGCAAUUAAUUAUGCCAAAGAUAAAAAAUAUGAUGUUGUUUUAAUUGAUACAGCUGGUCGAAUGCAAAAUGAUGAACCAUUAAUGGUUGCAUUAGCUAAAUUAAUUCAUGUUAAUAAUCCAGAUUUAGUUUUAUUUGUUGGUGAAGCAUUAGUUGGAAAUGAAGCUGUUGAUCAAAUAACUAAAUUUAAUCAAGCACUUAUUGAUCAUGCUCGUUUACAAAGUAGUCCACGUGUUAUUGAUGGUAUUGUUUUAACUAAAUUUGAUACAAUUGAUGAUAAAGUUGGAGCUGCUAUUUCAAUGACUUAUACAACUGACAAACCAAUUGUUUUUGUUGGUAUCGGACAACAAUAUCAAGAUCUUAAAACAAUCAAUGCCGAUGUUGUUACUGAAGCUCUUUUAAAAUAA